AUGGCGCCAGAGGAUCAUAUUGGUACGCUGAUGAAGCGACCAGCAUACCCUAAGUGCCACAGUCCAGCUUCGGAGCAUACCUUCGCCGCAUUGCUUCAAGCCGAGUGCUUCGAUUCCAACUCCCGGAUGGACACCCGCACAGCUCAGGACGAAGGUACAAUAGAUGAUGGGAGUUCCAUCGCGCCAAGCUGCACAACUCAUGCUUUUGAACCUGAUGAAGACCUGAUCAAGGCUUAUCAUGCCUUGCACUGUGCCAGCGAUGCUGCCUUCGUGCAGUCGUUUAGAGGCGCCGAUAUUACGCAGGCGAUGCUUGGUUUUCUCAACGUGUAUUGCCGCUGA